GGAUUGAUACCGACUUAGACCAACAGAGACACUUGUUGGAAUGGAUGAAAUAUCGAUGUUUAAUUAUGCACCGAAAAGGGGUGGGUGGAAGUGGCGACGUGGGUGUGGUCUGUUCACACGUUUGGUUGGUUCAACAACCGCAGGCACUGAUUACGUGUAUGUUUCCUAGCUAACUAACGCAAGAGAAUAUGAAUAGCUCUCUCUUCAAUGGCCGGGUACUUGCUCAUAGAUCCACAACAAUGGCGGCAGAAGAUUCCCCUGGAAUUCGCGUCCGAGGGAUGCAAUUUUCCUAUGAAACGCAGCAACCGCCGCUCUUCCUCGACUUUAACCUCAACAUCGAACCUGGAUCGCGGUGCCUACUCGUCGGUGCCAAUGGAUCAGGUAAGACGACUUUGCUAAAGAUUCUAGCGGGGAAGCAUAUGGUUGGAGGAAGAGAUGUUGUACGCGUGUUGAAUGGUUCUGCUUUUCAUGACACUCAACUCGUUUGCAGUGGAGAUCUCGCUUAUUUGGGUGGAUCCUGGAGCAAAAACGUUGGCUCCGCUGGAGAAAUUCCGCUUCAAGGAGACUUCUCUGCGGAACAUAUGAUCUUUGGAGUUGAGGGUGCUGACCCAGAUAGGAGAGACAAGUUAAUUGAGCUGCUUGGUAUCGAUCUGCAGUGGCGAAUGCACAAGGUAUCUGAUGGGCAGCGGCGUCGAGUGCAAAUCUGUCUUGGUCUUCUUUAUCCAUAUAAGGUUCUCUUGCUUGAUGAGGUCACUGUUGAUCUGGAUGUUGUGACUCGGAUGGAUUUGUUGGAAUUCUUUAGGGAAGAAUGUGAACAGAGAGAAGCUACAAUCGUAUAUGCAACUCAUAUUUUUGAUGGACUAGAGGCAUGGGCAACUCAUUUGGCAUACAUACAAGAUGGUGAACUGAGAAUAGCAGAAAAGAUAUCAGAUGUCAAUGAGUUGAAAUCUUCCACUAAUCUGCUGUCUGUUGUUGAGGCCUGGCUCCGUGCUGAAACAAAGGUUGUAAAGAAGAAACCUGUCCAGAAGACUUUUGCUAGUUCUCCUUUCUUUUCAUCCAGACACAUGGCGUAUUAUCGAUAGUCUCUUUUACAUAAGUUCCUUAUAAAAAUAUUCUAAGUAAUUCCUUCUUUUAAGCUUGUUGGUUGCUCAUAUUUUCAACAUUUGUCCUGCUUGGAGUAUCUAUACUUAUAAACUAGCCUGAAUCGUAGUUUUUUUAAUAUUUGUAGUCCAUUGUCACACCAUAAAUGAACUAUACUUAUUAAUAAGGCUAAAUACCAUGAUCCGUUAUUUUUUAA